CCCAUUUGUUCACUUCAAAAUUGAGGGCACAUGGAUCCCUCUCAUUCAAGAGUUGUUAACAUAAACACUGAUCAAUUAUUCUCUCCCUCAGUUGGCAAGAAGUCUCCAAAUUUUCUUUCCUCCAUCGGUGCUCAUGAAUUCUUAUCAAUUGAGACAUGGAAAGCUGCUUUAACAGAGUUAAUAGCAACAGCCUUACUUAUGUUCACUCUAAUAAGUUCAAUUGUUGCAUGUUUGGACUCAUCACACAAUCCUCAACUUAUAAUUCCCUUUGUAGUCUUCAUCAUAGCCUUCUUAUUCCUAAACGUCACUGUUCCAUUAACUGGUGGUCACAUGAGUCCUGUUUUCUCAUUCAUAGCUGCUCUAAAAGGUGUUGUCACUCUUUCUCGUGCACUUCUUUAUGUCUUAGCACAAUGCAUUGGCUCAAUAAUUGGUUUCUUUAUACUCAAGUGUGUAAUGGACCCCAAAUUAAUAGAUAUCUACUCCUUAGGAGGUUGUGCCCUUGGUGACAAAGAAAAGAAUCCUAAUAUAAUAAAGCCACAAGAUGCAUUAUUGGUUGAAUUCUCUUGCACGUUUUUGGUACUCUUUGUGGGUCUCACAUGUGCAUUUGACAAAAGAAGGCACAAGGAUUUGGGCUUGGCAAAGAUUUGCAUGGUGGUGGCAGGCUCUCUGGCACUAGCAGUAUUUGUGUCUAUAACUGUAACAGGUCAUGCUGGAUAUACUGGUGUUGGGAUGAAUCCAGCAAGAUGCUUGGGCCCAGCACUGCUUUAUGGAGGCUCCUUAUGGAAUGGACAUUGGGUUUUUUGGGCUGGUCCGUUCUUGGCCUGCUUAGUGUAUUAUAGUAUCUCUACUAAUCUACCAAAACAGAGUUUCGAUUGGGUUGAUGGAGAAUAUGAUGUCUUAAGGUUGACUAUGGGUUCUCGCAGGACUGUCUCUGCUAGUGCAGUCUGACUGAAAUGAUAUUCUAAGUGGAGCAACAUAGGAUUUAAAGCUUAAAUAUGAAAGGAAAGAAGCAUGCUAACAAUUAAUAAGUGGUUGUUUGAGGAAAGGAGUAUUCCACUUUUUACAUCCCAUGAAGAUAUGGUAAUGUUUCGCUGUGUGUUUUGUUCGGGUAUGUUUUGUUGUGUGUUUUGUUUGGGGACUUUGGGCAGUAAAGACAUGUAGAUUUGUACUUUGUGUAGUAGCUAAAUAAAACAUGUUGUAUUAUGUAAAUCCAUAUUAAACUAAAGAAAAGAUUGAAAAGGUAAUGAGUAUGAAAUCCAGUACUUAGUUAA